AUGGCUGUAUUCGUUAAAUAUGUGACUUUAGACGUAAUUGUAAAAGAAGAGUUACUAGAUUUAGUUGAGUUGAAAGACACAACUCGUGGAGUUGAUAUUAAGGAAGCCCUUGACAAAGCUCUGCUUAAAGCUAAUGUACCUAUCAACAAGCUUGUUAGUGUUGCUACAGAUGGUGCAUCAGCAAUGGCUGGAAAACAUUUAGGACUUAUAGGCUUAUUAAAAAGUGACCCUAAGUAUCCAGAAUUUAUCCCACAGUUUAGAAACUUUAUAAAUGAAUUGGAUCUUGCUGAUGAGCCAAGUGACGUGUCAUUUUUCUGUUCUGUAAGAUGGCUUUCAAGUAGUGAUGUUGUUUAUAAAUUUGUAGAACUGUUAGAGCCAAUUAAAUGUUUUUUGAUUGAAAAAGAAAAGAUAUUUGAAAUCCUAGACGAUAUAAAUUUUGUGCAAGAUCUUUUAUUUUUGACUGAUAUAAUGCAACAUUUAAAAAGUCUGAAUUUGUUUCUUCAGGGAAAAGAAAAAAAUAUAUCUGAUCUUGCGCAAACGAUAUUUAGUUUUCAAAAAAAAAUUAUUCUUUUUCAGAAAGAUUUUAGCUCGAAAAAAUUUAAUCAUUUUUCUCAAAUGAAGAAGAUGAUUACUUCUAAUCCUUCAAUUCAGUAUGAUGACGAUAAGAUUGAAUCAUACUUGGACAAACUAAAGGAUUUACAAAAAGACUUUCAAAAAAGGUUUAAAGAUUUGCAUGAACUAAAAUCUUCUUUAGGAUUUAUAGUAAAUCCUUUUUUAAUUAAUAUUAUUAGUAAUGGCUGUCCAAUUCCUGAAAAAAUGCUUGAAGAUAUAUCUCAAUUUGAAAUGGAACUACUAGAUCUCCAAGAAAAUCAAAAUCUACUUAUGCUGCUUAAAACAAUAACUUUUAUGGAAUUUUGGAAGAUAGUUCCCGAGGUUAAGUAUCCUCAACUUAAAAAGAUUGCCAUAAAAUUCAUUUCAAUUUUUGGUUCAACGUAUACAUGUGAAUCUUUAUUUUCUACUAUGAAAUUUGUCAAAUCAAAGUAUCGUGCAAAUCUAACCAGUGAGCAUUUGUCUGAGUUACUUAAAACAGCCACUACAAGUUUGAAACCAGAUUUUAAGAAACUUACCAAUAAAGUUAUGAGUAUUAGUUUGAUCAAAGUAAAAAAUUGA